CAACACUACUAUAUAACAAAUAAUUUGAGGUAUGUCCAAUGAACUCAUGUCACCUAAAAUGUCACCUAAUUUGGCUUUCUAAUUCCUAAUAUGUCUUCCUCAAUUCCUAAUGACAAGAAACCAUUCACAUCUUCUUCAAGGUACGGACUUCGACAUCACAUCAGACCAGAAAAACCCUUAUCAAUUAAAACUCAAGUCAGAUCAGAAAAUCCUUUGUCAAUUAAACGUCAAGUCAGAUUAGAAAAACCCUUGUCAAAUAAAUCUCAAUCCCAAGUAGUAGACUCAGUAAAAGUAGUAGAAACAUAUCAUUCUGUUGAAGUAGGAACUUCUAACAAUCAUAGCCCAGUUGAGGCUCCAAUCAGAAAUGGAAGCAACCCUGAUGCCCCUUCUGUUGUGUAUCCAUGUGGUAAAUGCUCUCAUGAUGUCACCGGCUUCGAAUGCGUUAAGUGUGAUGGUCCCUGUGAAAAAUGGUAUCAUACUAAGUGUUGUAUGCACAAAAAAACUUUUGAAAAACUUGGGCAACACUCAGAAGUAAUGUGGGUAUGUAAGAAUUGUAAGGCCCUAGAGAAGAAACCGGCUAAGCUAGUUAAAGUAGUUAAAUGGGGUAAUUAUGCUUCUUUAAGUGAGAUAUCCAAUGCUGCUGAUUUAGCCUACAGUGAAAUUAUGAAAUGGACCAAGAACAUGUUCCUAGUGCCACGGGGCAAAGUGGGCAACGCCUUCAUUUUUGAAGUAAGCAGAUUACUCAACCUGUUUAAUGACAAGACAGAAUGGGAGAGUAUAGCGUUGAGAUUACUAUUUAUCUUCAUUCCUAUGAUGCUGCAAAAACCAUCUAAAAACUCUCGUGCAAAGGAUCACAACAUCUAUCUUGAUAAAAGGCUCAAGUUAUGGAAAGUUGGGGACUUGAACGCUAUAAUCAGUGAAGGGUGUGAGAUUCAGAAACGACUUGAAGAAACACGUAAAGCCCAGGAGAGAUCCCUUGCUACCAAGUUUGCACAGCUCAUGAUCCAUGGCAAAGUCUCAGCAGCAACCAGUCUCAUAAAUCGUCAAAUGCAUUUAGUAAAUCCCAAGAGCUUGUCGCUGAAGCAAUUGCCAGAUUAGCCAGGCGUGUAUGUACUGAAGAUGUAGAUUUCAAAUCAAUAGCAGUGCUCACAGCUGGUAGGCUUGUCCCCUUAGAUAAAUGUCCAGGCCUAAGACCAAUUGGUAUUGGUGAGAUCCUGAGACGGAUUAUUGGGAAGUGUGUGAUGAUGGUAUUAAAAAAAGAUGUUCAGAAGAAUGCUGGACCACUUCAAACAUGUGCAGGCCAUGAAGGGGGGAUCGAGGCAGCAAUACAUGCUAUGGCAGAGGUGCACGAUGAUGAGGACACGGAAGCCAUUUUGUUAGUGGAUGCUUCCAACGCAUUCAACGCUCUCAAUAGGACUGCUGCUACCAACAACAUGCAGUAUGUUUGCCCACCACUUGCUAAAUAUUUUGAGAACACCUACAGAGAACCAACAGACCUUUAUGUGGCAAACAGCAAGGGAGUGAUCAUCAAGAGCUGCGAAGGUUUCACUCAAGGAGACAAUAUUGCCACUGGUGGAUAUGCUCUUAGCACCAAGCCACUUAUCGACCGCCUGAGAAACAUCAUCAAACAGGUGUGGUUUGCCGAUGAUAGUGCUGCUGGAGGGAAAUUGGAGGCAGUGUAUAAGUGGUGGAAGGAGUUGCUCCAAGUUGGACCUAAGUAUGGUUAUUUUCCUAACCCAUCUAAAAGCAUUCUAGUAGUGAAGGACCCUCAGAUGAUCGACCAGGCCAAGGCAUUGUUUGGAGAGUUCAAUAUGCAAAUAACAUCAGGCACAAGGCAUCUUGGUGCAGUACUUGGCAAUACAGGUGUCAAAGAUCAGUACAUUGCCGAUAAGGUCCAAGGGUGGUGCGAAGACAUCAAGAUGCUAGCUGAUAUUGCAGAAUCUGAGCCUCAAGCAGCCUAUUCAGCCUACAUCUCUGGCAUACAACACCGAUGGAAGUUUGUUCAAAGGACUGUUCCUCAUAUCUCUGAAGCCAUGGAGCCGCUAGAACAUGAAAUAAGACAAAAGCUUCUGCCAAAGAUGCUGGGCAGGGAGAUUUCAGACUUAGAGAGGGACGUGUUAAGUCUACCAAUAAGAUUGGGAGGAUUGGGCAUUGGUAAACCCCACGAGGAAUGCCAGUCUGAGUACACAGCUUCCAAGCUACUCACCACCGAGCUUACAAAGGCAAUAGUGGACCAACAGGAAGUUUACACUGCAUCCAGUAACCUCACCAAAUCAGGGAAAGAAAUGAUAAAAAAUUUGAAGAAUUCCGAGCUCCAAGCCAAGUUUAACGCUAUAGCUGAAAGAUGUGGCACCUCCUCUAAGAGAGCACUACUAACAGCAAGAGAAAAGGGAGCGUCCAGUUGGCUUAACACAUUGCCACUUCAGCAGUAUGGCUACACUCUGAACAAAGAGGAGUUUCGAGACAGUGUCUGCUUACGCUACAGUUGGUGGAUACCAAACACUCCCAUCACCUGUGGAUGUGGGAAAACAAGUGAUCUUGACCACCUUCUCACCUGUAAGCUAGGGGGCUACGUGAUAAUGACCCACAACAACAUCAGAGACACAAUGGCAAAUCUACUUCGUGAGGUAUGUCAUGAUGUAAAAGUUGAACCCCAGCUACAGAAGGUGAAUGAGGGUGACUGCCUCAACCCCAAGACUAUAACAGGUGACCAAGCUCGGCUUGAUGUAUCUGCUAGAGGAGUUUGGACUCCAUUUGAUAAGACCUUUCUUGACAUAAGGGUUUCACACCCCAAUUGCUUAUCAAACAGGACAAAAACUCUUCAAGAAGUAUACGAAGAGAACGAGAAAGAGAAGAAGGACGAGUACUUGGAGAGAGUGUUGAAUGUGGAGAAGGCUACCUUCACCCCGGCUGUAUUCCUCACAUCUGGAGGAAUGUCUAAAGAGUGUAAGCAGUUCGUCAACAGAGUAGCAGACCUCAUUGCAAGAAAAAGGAAGGAAAGGUACUGCGAUGUAGUAAGACACGUGAGAACUAGGAUAAGAUUUGCAAUGUUGAGAACAACUCUUAUUGCUCUACGAGGGUACCGAGGAAAGAAGGUGGACACCAAACGUGAGAUUCAGCUAUCAGAAGUUUCAUACAACCCCAUCCCUGCCCCUAUAAUGGAGUAGAUCAUGUGUUUUGUUAAAAUGUUUUUGAAAAAAUUAUUAGUAGCAAUGAAUUGUGCUCUGCCAAUUGCAACACUUAAAAUUUGAUUGUGCUCUGCCAAUUGCAUCACUUGAUUUAAUUGAAUGUAUAUAUAUACU